AUGGUUGUGAUUGGUGCAGGCCCUGGCGGAUAUGUUGCUGCAAUAAAAGCUGCACAGAUCGGUAUGAAAACAUAUUGUAUAGAAAAAGAUGCAACAUUAGGUGGAACUUGUCUUAAUAUUGGCUGUAUACCUUCAAAAUCACUUCUUCACAGUUCACAUCUGUAUCAUAUGGCGAAGCAUGGAUAUUUAAAUGAACGAGGAAUCGAAGUGGCGCCAACAUUAAAUUUGGGGAAAAUGAUGGCGACUAAAGUUGCUUCUGUUAAAGCUUUAACUUCUGGCAUCGCAAUGUUAUUUAAAGCAAAUAAUGUGGAAUCGAUUAAUGGAAUUGGUACAAUUGUUGGACCGAAUCAGGUCGAUGUGAAAAAAGCUGAUGGCUCAACGAUGAGUAUUUUAGCUCGUAAUAUUUUGAUCGCAACAGGAUCAGAAGUAAUGCCUUUUCCUGGGAUCGAUAUUGAUGAAAAACAGAUAAUUUCUUCAACUGGUGCACUAUCACUAGAAAAAGUACCUCAAAAAAUGGUUGUUAUUGGUGCUGGUGUGAUUGGAACAGAACUUGGUAGUGUAUGGCAAAGACUUGGAGCCGAAAUAACAGUCGUUGAAUUUCUUGGCCAUGCAGGUGGUCUUGGUAUUGAUAUGGAAGUGGCCAAGCUUUUCCAGAAGACUCUUUCAAAGCAAGGAAUGAAGUUCAUGAUGGAGACGAAAGUAACCGGGGCAGAAAAAAUUGGUGGAAAAAUAUUUGUUCAUGUAGAAAAUGCAAAAAGUGGAAACAGUCAAACGUUAGAGGCUGAUGCACUUCUUGUUUCAAUUGGCCGUAAGCCUUAUACAGCAGAAUUGGGGCUUGAAAAUGUUGGAAUUAAACUAGAUUCAAAAGGUCGUGUACCUGUUGAUGAACGAUUUAGAACAUUAAUACCAUCAAUUUUUGCUAUCGGUGAUGUUAUCGAAGGUCCAAUGUUAGCCCACAAAGCUGAGGAUGAAGGAAUACUUUGUGUAGAAGGCAUUGCUGGCGGAUCUACUCACAUAGAUUACAGCUGCAUUCCCUCAGUAAUUUAUACCCAUCCAGAAAUUGCCUGGGUUGGGAAAUCGGAAGAAAAAAUCAAAGAAGAAAAUGUACCUUACAAAAUCGGAAAAUUUCCUUUUGUCGCUAAUUCUCGCGCGAAAACAAUGGGUGAAACUGAUGGAUUUGUCAAAGUUAUCGGCCAUAAAGGAACUGAUCGUAUUCUCGGAAUUCAUAUUGUAGGACCGAAUGCUGGUGAAAUGAUCGCUGAAGCAGUCCUUGCAAUGGAAUACGGCGCUUCAUGUGAAGAUAUUGCACGCGUUUGUCAUCCUCAUCCGACAUUAUCUGAAGCCUUUCGGGAAGCGAAUUUACAUGCAUAUUUUGGUAAAGCUAUUAAUAUCAUUUAA